GGAUCAAGGAAGCAUUGUAUUUUCGGUUGUCUGUUGUGUUUGGAUGUCACUUUUAUUUACCAAUUUUAAGAUUAAAUUGUUCAGUAAAUUAAAUUGAAAUUACAUCGAUCUCUUGUAAAUCUAUAAAAUUUAAUGAUAUCUAAAACAUACUUAUCAUAAAUAUGAUCUACUCAACUAAGCUCCCUUGAAACUGCUGGAGCUGGGUAGUUCUAGUUGAAUAUUGUGAUAAGAUGCAAUGGAUAAGCACGCAGACUUUUUGGGAAGCAAUCCUGCUGAUCCUUAUGAGGAGCAGUUGCUGGAAAUGUUCAGAAGCUGUGAUUCGUGGAAUCAUGGCUAUCUUGAUCGUUGUGGCCUGGAACUGCUGUGCACCAAAUUGCAUCUGGAAGAAGCGAGACCGCAACUUAUCGAAUGUCUGCUCAAUUCAAAGCAAACUGUCACGUUUGUCGAAUUCAGAGACGCUCUCCUGACGCUGCUAGGCUCGGCUAUGAAACAGUCCGAAGAAAAUAGAGACCCGUCUCCUGGUAAGUUAUAGCCUAUAACAAGCUGG